CAACUUCCUCUUGUUCUCUUCUACCUCAAUUCCUCAACCUUCUUCCUUCUUCAACGUCUGAAACAAGAUUCUAAUUCACCUUUGCUCUCGAUUUUCUUGAUCAGUUCUUCGAAUCUAAACCCGUUCUCACUCAUGGCCACCACCGGGAACAAGAAUAUCAAUGCUAAAUUGGUGCUGCUUGGAGAUGUUGGGGCUGGAAAGUCUAGUCUUGUGCUGCGUUUUGUUAAAGGUCAAUUUGUUGAAUUUCAGGAAUCAACUAUUGGUGCUGCAUUUUUCUCCCAAACUCUAGCUGUCAAUGAUGCAAUUGUGAAAUUUGAGAUUUGGGACACAGCUGGUCAAGAGCGAUACCAUAGCUUGGCUCCAAUGUACUAUAGAGGAGCUGCUGCUGCAAUUAUAGUUUACGAUAUAACAAAUCAAAACUCGUUUGAGAGGGCAAAGAAAUGGAUCCAAGAACUUCAAGCACAAGGCAAUCCAAAUAUGGUUAUGGCACUUGCUGGGAACAAAGCUGAUUUGCUAGAUGCAAGGAAGGUGACAGCAGAGGUAAGUAUAUCAAACUUUAAAACUGGUUUUAGCUCUAUUUCUGUCACUAUUGUAUCUUUUUUGAAUACCUCCACCAUUGAUCAUCCAUAAUCCUGAGUAUUUUAAGGUAUAGUUUGAUUCCCAUAUAGAAUUUUCUGAACUUGAAGCACCAUUUCGUCCUCACUCCCUCAAACAUCCUCUUUCCUGUACAGAUUCUUGCAACAUUUUACGGAACUUAUUCACUCAAACACUAGAAUUGCCUUUAACUCUUGAUUUCUAAUUUUAACUCUUUUUGAGUGCAGGAAGCUCAAGCAUAUGCUCAAGAGAAUGGCCUUUUCUUUAUGGAAACCUCUGCCAAAACUGCAACCAAUGUCAAUGACAUUUUCUACGAAAUAGGUACUUUGUUUUAGUUCGCUUUUCAUUUUGAUUUUAGGUGAGAGUAAGACAUCCUGUUUGAAUGGUUUAGCUUAUUCCUGGCCUUGUUUUUAGUAGUUUCAACAUUCAAAUACGUGCAGCAAUUAUACAGUGAAUGAAAUUUGGUUAUUUAGUUUUUUUAUGUUCUGGUACAGCAAAAAGACUACCUCGAAUGCAGCCAGCACAAAAUCCAGCCGGGAUGGUUCUGAUGGAUGGACCUACGGAGAGGACAGCAAGUGCAUCCUGUUGCUCUUAGGUACCUAGGUAGUUGGUGUUGCUGCCUGCCUGUAACUUCUAAGUGACUCUAUAGUCAAAGAUUUUAUCUUCCUAGUCUUUGUUGUCUCUAUGUUUCUUGGCCAAAAAAAAAAAAAAAAAGAGAGAGAGAAAAGGUUUUUGUUGUCUCGUCUGUGUACCAUUUCAUUUAGAAAUGUACAUGCAUGUUUGUCUAGAUGCUUCCAUAUCAACCGGUUAAAUGACUUGGGAGAUCUGCUCCUGUUGUAAUUAACAUCGAGUGUUAUGUUUUUCUUUCAUGGAUGUACUUAUUCAAAUAAAAAUGAAAAAAAAUU